AUGAAGAAGAAGAGAGAGCUGAUCAAGAAAGAGCCACGAAGGCUAACCACUGGAACAAGAGAGAAGAUAGCACCAAAAGGAAGAACCCUUACUCAAAGGUCUUCACAACCGCCUCCCACCAAGGAGAAGAGGAAGACAAGAUCAUCACUUGAAGAGAUCAUAGAUGAUUUCAACUUUAUGGCAAGGAGAUUCCCUUAUGGUGUGCCGUUUGAUAAUGCUUGCAACAAGAGUCCAUUCAUGCAAGACCUAGCUUGGACACAAGAUUGGAGUCUAGCUGAAUGGAAAAGAUGUACGAGGAAGCAAGAAAGGGAAUGCCUAAACCUAGGUUUCUACACAAGCUUCAUGACCCAGGUUACUUCCUUAUACAUUUCUCUAUCAAUGGAAGCUACUUUGAUGAUGCUCUUUGCGAUUCCGGUUCUAGUGUGA